UUGGCACAAGUAAGAUGGGUUUGGAGACGCUGUGGCCACAGUGGUGUUUGUGUUUGAACCGGUGAUUUCAAGAGCUCUUCGAGCAAAUUCUGUCCCUUUGGUUACACAAUCAAAUGCUUUUGGGUUCCGGUGGUCAAUCGAACGCAUUUGACAAAAUAUCCACCGUGUUCGAAGCCUUCAACAGGAUUACAGAAAGGUGUGCAAUUACAGUGUCUAGUUUGUUUUCUGUUACAGUUGCGUAUUGUAACACGACCUUCGUCUCGCCAUUACCGAAUGCCAUUCAUUUGCAAUAUCAGAUUGAGUCAUCAGUGUUCCACGAAUUCUAUGGUGUAAAUUUCACUUGAUUGCCUGCUCCAAUCUGUACGUAAAUAGAAAUAGCAACCACAAUGGAAUCGAGUUCCCCUCAAUGGGACACCAUGCUUUUUGGAAUAGAGGCAGAAAAACUAGUAGGCAUCAAAGCAGUUUGGAAGUAUUUAAAUGCUUGUCGUAGAAAUCUAGUCCUGGAAACCCAAAAAUUCGAGUCAGAAAAGCGAUUGUACGAAUCUGACCGCGCAGCAGCUUUGAAACAGAUUCAUCUCGAUUUACAAUCGAAAUUCCAAUGCCAAUUGGACUAUUUAGUCAGUAAAUUAGAUGAAGCUUCCAUUCUAUUGCAGUCGAGAAAACUAAAAAUCGCCAAUCAAUCACAAUACAUAAACUUACUGGAAGACAAGCUCAGAAACGAUUUUGGUGUUGAACUGCCAGUUAUUAUGGAAGAGAUAAACGAAACUCCUCUGGAACUGCCACAACUGAGUGUUUCAUUAGACAGCGCUUUUGUGGAUGAUGCGAUGGAACUCCAUACGUCAGUGGAACCGAGAAAGAAUGAAAAACUUUCUUACGAAAACCGAAUUUCUCAGCUGGAAGCGGAUGUUAUGCGACUUGAACAAGAACGAGACCAGUUGAAAAUUCAAUUAAUUUCAGAUCAUCACCCAGAAUCCCCCGUGCAUACAGAACAAGACGUCCUCUUGCCAGUGUCGCUACAAAUUAAAGAACAAGAUGAUUACAAGGAACCAGGAAAUCCAGUCGCUGAGCCAUUUGAUAACGUAAACGCACAACUAGAUACGUCAGAUUCCAGCGGACUAGAAACGGAAGACUCUACGACGAGUGUCACUCCCCCUUUGGAUUUCUUGGAUGCAAAUGAAGAAAUAGUUAACGCUGUUAAAACUUCUUCCUCACAAUUUAGUGCGGCACAAACAUCGUACUACAAAAUCCUUAACAACUCGUUGAAACCGUCGCAAUCCGCUUGGAUACAAACUGAAUUGCUAGAAACGUGCAACACUAAUCUCCAAUGUCUAGAAGCAAUGCUAUUCUAUUUGAAAAGCGGUUACGAAAACGCUGGGUUGAAAAAGCUUGUUCAAGAUUUGAUGAAAAAAUGGGUGAUGCUUGAUGCCAAACUCUUCCUUCUUGUUCAGAAGGGAAUCUAACAAUGGAUCGAUCUGCCAAUACAUUGCUGAAAGUAAUUUAAUUAGCCUCUCAGGGCAUGUCCCGUUGUAGUUAAUGGGCUUGAAUUGAAACAUAACAGGAUUUCUUUCAUUAUUGUCAUUUAUGUUUCUCACUAAAAACUUUGAACGUUCUACCAAAUAUUUCUCUUUCACUGUGUCCCGUUUAGC